CAUAUUUUUUAUGGUAUUAAAAUUUAUCAAGGUACAUGUGUGUUCAGUCUAUUUUCAGAUGACUUCUUAUCAAUAUUUACAGCCAGUCAGUAGGUCAGACCCUUUAGUUACACAGUCAUCUCAGUCCAUUCUCUUUUAUUCAGUCUGGUGAAAGCAGUUGUAAAGUCAUUGUAGAUUCCUUCACAAAAUGGGUUGCCAUGAUAACCAGUGAGGAGUGUCCUUUCCAAAUAUGGAAUGGCAUGACAGUUUCAUUUGAUUGCAAUGGAAUAAUGCUAGAGUUUAUUCUUACUGUCUUGAGCCAAGUUGAACAUAAAAGUGAUGACAAUAACCCUCCUUACUAUUUACUAACACCAAGUGUAUUACAAGAUCUAACUGUAGUGGUUGGUGAACAGAAAUCAUUGCCUAAGCUAACUGCAUUGCUUUGGCAGGCACAAAUUGACAAUGCUGUACAAAUAAGCUGUGGCAUUAAUGACCUUGGAGGAUUUUCACAACCAUAUGACAAGUGUUUAAAGCAUUUGRUGGUUUGUYUAGAGAAAUGUCURCUAUCUUCACAUGUCAGUGGUGGACUGACUAAAGGACUUUCUAAUGGUGCAGUUCUUAUAUGUGGAAGUGGACGCCAUGCUGGGGAAGGAUGUGGCAAGACUUCUCUUGGUCUUGCUAUUUGCAAUAAACUGAACCAAUUGCCAAUAGGUGCCCAUGUGGUAUAUAUUGACUGUAUUCCUUUAAGAGGAAAACGAGUUGAAACUGUGCAAAGACAUUGGCAACAGGCAUUUCUAGAGGCAACUUGGUAUCAACCAUCUGUGAUUUUAUUGGAUAAUCUUGAUCAUGUGAUAUCUGCUCCCAGUCUUGCUCAGGAGAUGGGUGGGGAGGGCCUUUACAGACUGCGGCUUGUACAAGUUUUCAAGGAUCUUAUAACUUCAGAGAUUGUCAAUCAGAGCAAGAUUGCUGUCAUGGCAACAAGCAGGUCUCGUGACUGCCUCCAUGGGGCUUUGCAGUCUAGUCAUGGUGUGCACAUGUUUCAUUGUUGUGUAGAGCUUGGUUCCUUGAAUGAACAUCAAAGAUGUGAAGUACUUAUGAAGUUGAUAGAGAAAAGUAUUCCUGAUACCAAUUAUAAUGAACUAGAGAUAUUAAUGAAAUCAGUUGCAAGAAAAUGCGAAGGAUUUUCACCAAAAGAUUUGAAUGCAAUUGUUAAAAGAGCUUUACAUUUUGCUCUCAUAAGAAAUGCUCAUGAACAUCAGCAAGUGAGCCUGGUGUUAGAUGAUCUGAACCAAGCUUUAGCUGGAUAUAGACCUGCAUCAUUGCGAGGUGUACAACUACACAAGCCAGGUCACCAUACUUGGUUAGAUGUUGGAGGACUGCAUGAAGUUAAAAAAGCACUUGAAGAAACCUUACUUUGGCCAUCUAAAUACACAGGUUUAUUCAGUAAGUGUCCACUUCGUAUUCGUUCGGGUUUAUUGAUGUAUGGACCACCUGGUACUGGAAAGACAUUAUUGGCUGGUGUAAUAGCCAAUGAGAGUGGAUUAAACUUCAUUAGCAUCAAGGGACCUGAAUUAUUGAGUAAAUACAUUGGAGCCAGUGAACAAGCAGUGAGAGAUGUAUUUUCAAGAGCCCAGACUGCAAGACCUUGUAUAUUAUUCUUUGAUGAAUUUGAUGCUUUGGCUCCCCGACGUGGGCAUGACAGCACAGGUGUUACAGACAGAGUUGUCAAUCAGUUACUGACUCAACUAGAUGGUGUUGAAGGACUUGAGGGGGUGUUCCUUUUAGCUGCAACAAGUCGUCCAGGACUGAUUGACCCAGCAUUGUUAAGACCAGGAAGACUGGACAAAUGUGUUUACUGCCCUAUUCCAAACGAGUCUGAAAGACUUGAGAUACUCAAGGCACUGACACGUAGCAUUUCCCUUGAGGAAGAUGUGCACUUGAAAAUAAUAGCAGAAAGAUGUCAAGACUUUACAGGGGCUGAUAUAAAGGCUUUACUCUAUAAUGCUCAGCUUGAGUGCAUCCAUAGGAAAACAAGCAAACUAAAGCUGUAUGGAAGUAUCUAUGAUGGUGUACAUGUAGAAGAAGAUACAAAGCAAGUCAAUGAAGUGAAAACAGCUGUUAUCACUAUUUGUCAAGCAGACCUUGAAAAAGCAGUGUCAAUGAUGAAACCAUCAGUUUCUCCCAAUGAAAGACUAAUGUACGAAAGCAUGUUUGAUUCUUUCAUGAGAUCAAGAGGAAAUAGUUUUACAAGGAAUACACCUAUCAAAGGCAAAGCAACAUUAGCCUAAGCACACUUGAACUAAGAACACGAGACAAGACAAGUCAUUGAUCACUUACACCUGAUUUUGGGGAGCCAGACAAAUAUGACAUCAUUCUUCUGCUUAAGCCUGGUUUGAAAAUUCUAGUUAAAUUAAAAUAAAUUAAAUUCUAAAAAUUCUAGUUCAA